UCUACCUUCUUGAAUUAAAGAGUUCCACAUCCGUCAACAAAACCAUGCCUCAUCCAACGGAAAAAGAAGCUGCCAAAGAAGAGCAGCCGGAUGGAUACCACCAGUUUGUCGAGAUUCACGGACCUCAGCUUUUGAAUUCAGGUGUUCCAGAUUUUUACUGGCCGAAAUUAUAUGAAAAGUUGAGCAACGAGACAUUUGAUGCUGGAGAAUAUUUCAAACUUCUGUGUGUGCAAAGUGGGGAUGAAAACAAAUGGAAAGUGGAAACCAUCCAACCUAUAGAGAGCAAGCACCCUAACAGCAUCUUUCUGGUGGACCACGCCUGGACGUACAGAGUAUCAGACUGCCGGCCUCAGCUGGAGCAGAUUCCUGGUCUCUUGGAAAGAAUGGCUGCUUUGAUGGACAUCCAAUCAGAAGAGAGGUCAAAGGAAGAGGUCAUCGAAGACAUCUUACAAAAGAUGUGGAAGUUCAAUCAGACCUACAGGAUCGGCAAUGCUACAUUUGGAUCAGAUGAAUCAAUGCCCAUCUGGUAUAUCAUGGACGAGUUUGGUUCUCGCAUCCAACACUCAGAUUCACCCACGGUGAAAAUGUCCCCAUUUUUCUUUGCCCCUCUUCAGAUUUCCUUUACCUUAAUGUGGCCUCUUCAAGAUUUGGAAGAGAAUGAUGAAAUAACCCGAGAUUUUGUACCAAAUGUGGGAGAUCCUGAAACCAGAAAGGCCAAACUUAUUCCCUGGGUUCCUGCAGAUAUGACAGAUGUCGACUACUUUCAGAAAGAACCAGACGUCUCUUUCUUUCAGUCAUUUAUAAAAUUAGAGAGUGUCCCUGACCCAGACCACAAGUUCAGAGGUCUCCCCAAGGACAGGAACCCCAGGGUGUACCUGAAGUACAUGAGCUUCCACCAGUACCUCACCGACAAAAGAUUUGAUUUGGUGGAAACCAUGGAAGAGGCUGAUAUCAUAUUCAUCCAGAGACACUUCAAAGACUUUGACAAGUACCCAGACACGUGCGUGAACCAGUUUCCGUUUGAGCGCGUCAUCACGGUAAAGGAUCUGCUUGCUGUGGUGUGUCGUCGCGCUGGCGACGGGAAGGAGGAUCCGGACACGCUCGAGAGGAAUCCAAAAUGGCUGCCAGUAACCUAUAAUCUGGAGACGGAGAUUUCAAAAUUCGUCUCUUAUUUUCAGCAACGAGAGAACAAAGCACUUGACAACCACUGGAUAUGCAAGCCAUGGAAUCUAGCUCGCGGCUUAGACAUGCAUGUUACAAACAACCUCGACUACAUUCUCCGGUUACCUGAGAGCGGACCAAAGGUCGCCUGUAAAUACGUACACGACCCAGUUCUGUUUACGAGAGAGGACAUCGGCAAUGUCAAGUUUGAUAUCCGCUACAUCGUCAUGUUGUCUAGCGUCUCACCACUCAAGCUCUAUGUGUACAGGGUCUUCUGGCUGAGGUUCUCCAACAGACCUUUCUCAUUGGACCACUUUGAUGACUAUGAGAAACAUUUUACUGUGAUGAACUAUGUAGAAGAGGGGCAAAAACUAAAGCAGGUGAACUAUGAUGACUAUAUCCCUAUGUUUGAGUCGCAGUAUCCUGCUUACAAAUGGGCUGAAGUGGAGGAGGACAUUUUCCAGAUGUUUCGAGAAAUGUUCCAGGCAGCUACUGCCCUGCCCAGCCCCCAGGGCAUCUCCAACUGCCCCCAGGCUCGGGCUAUGUAUGCCAUUGACCUACUUCUAGAGUGGAGGAAGAAUUCUAAAGGGGAGAGAACCAUUCAGCCAGUGAUCUGUGAGGUGAACUUUUGUCCGGACUGUGAUAGGGCCUGUAAAUACCACCCUAACUUUGUGAACGACGUCUUUAGCACCCUAUUCAUGGACGACAUCGAAGGCAGACCAGUGACACAGCUGCUGUAACAACUCACAAAGCAUUGCCAAGUUUUAUAUAAUAAUCCCAAAUGAUACUGUGGGAUCAUAAAAUUUUGUGGGGGAUAAUUCCUGUGCAUUUUACAGGUUCAUGGUAUUAAGGGGGGGGGGGGGGGUUAGGAUGGGACAUUUUUAGCUCACCUGAGCUGAAAGCUCAAGUGAGCUAUUCUGAUCACAUUUUGUCUGUCGUCCGUCUGUCCGUAAACUUUUCACAUUUUCAACAUCUUCUCAAGUACUACUUGGCCAAUUUCAACCAAACUUGGCACAAAUCAUCCUUAGGCAAAGGGGAUUCAAAGUUGUGAAAAUUAAGGGCCACACCCGUUUUGAAGGGGAGAUAAUUAGAAAUAAAUGAAAAAUUUCGAGAAAUUUUCAAAAAUCUUCUUCUCAAGAACCAGAAAGCCAGGAAAGCUGAAACUUGUGUGGAAGCAUCCUCAGGUAGUGUAGAUUCAAAGUUGUGAAAUUCAUGACCCCCGGGGGUAUGGUUGGGGCCACAAUAGGGGGUCGAAGUUUUACAUAGGAAUAUAUAGAGUAAAUCUUUAAAAAUCAUCUUCUUAGAAACUAAACAGCCAGGAAAGCUGAAACUUGUGUGGAAGCAUCCUCAGGUAGUGUAGAUUCAAAGUUGUGAAAAUCAUGAUCCCUGGGGUUAGGGUGAGGCCACAUUGGGGGGGGGUGUUAAAAUUUUACAUAGGAAUAUAUAGAGUAAAUCUUUAAAAAUCUUCUUCUCAGAAACUAAAAAGCCAGGAAAGCUGAAACUUGUGUGGAAGCAUCCUCAGGUAGUGUAGAUUCAAAGUUGUGAAAAUCAUGAUCCCCGGGGUAGGGUGAGGCCACAAUGGGGGGUCGAAGUUUUACAUAGGAAUAUAUAGAGUAAAUCUUUAAAAAUCUUCUGCUCAGAAACUAAACAGCCAGGAAAGCUGAAACUUGUGUGGAAGCAUUCUCAGGUAGUGUAGAUUCAAAGUUGUGAAAAUCAUGAUCCCUGGGGGUAGGGUGGGGCACAAUGGAGGGUCGAAGUUUAACAUAGGAAUAUAUAGAGUAAAUCUUUAAAAAUCUUCUUCUCAGAAACUAAAAAGCCAGGAAGGCUGAAACUUGUGUGGAAGUAUCCUCAGGUAGUGUACUGAGGUUUCAUCAAUAUUCGCUGAAUACCAAUUUUCGUGGAUUUCAUUGUUAAGUUGAUCCACGAAAUUAAAUGUUCAUUGAAGUUCAAUUUCAACUAACAUUUUGUAUAGAUAGGAUCAUUGGCCAUGAAAUUAUGUAUCCUUGAAACUGUGGUUUUCAGAAAAUCCACGAAAAUUGAUACCCACGAAAAUUAAUGAAACCACAGUAGAUUCAAAAUUGUGAAAAUCAUGAUCCCUGGGGGUAGGGUGAGGCCACAUGGGGGGGGGGGGUGUUAAAAUUUUACAUAGGAAUAUAUAGAGUAAAUCUUUAAAAAUCUUCUUCUCAGAAACUAAAAAGCCAGGAAAGCUGAAACUUGUGUGGAAGCAUCCUCAGGUAGUGUAGAUUCAAAGUUGUGAAAAUCAUGAUCCCCGGGGUAGGGUGAGGCCACAAUGGGGGGUCGAAGUUUUACAUAGGAAUAUAUAGAGUAAAUCUUUAAAAAUCUUCUGCUCAGAAACUAAUCAGCAAGAUGAUUCUUUAUAAUUGUUAAAACUUUGGCUCCAGGACAAUUCUUCGGCCUCACAAGAAGGUUCAGAGUUUGAUGUAGCUAAAUAUCCCAUAUAUAAACAAUUGUAAAGGAUCUUUUUGAGAACUGCAAUACUCAACAUGUGAUAUGACUAUAAAAUUGAAGCAGGCAGCUAUUUUUUCAUUAGAAUCUUUUUGUAUUACUGUAUUGAGUUAUUGCCCUUGAUUUAUUGAUUCUUGAUUAUUUUAAUUAAUGCAUCCACCGUUAACCAAUUAUUGUGAUGAUUAUUUUUAUACAAUAAUAAAUAUUCAAUGUAUAUAAGUUGUUCUGCAUAAGAAGUUUUGGGUUAGGCCGGAUUAGUUUGUUUAUUUUUGAUUUCCAAUUUUUAGAUACUAUGAAUUACUUUAGGCCGGCCCAUAUAUAGUGACAGUGUCUAUUGCAUUAUGAUGAGUGACUGUUUGGGGUAUAACUUGAACAGGUAUGGACAGACUGAGUGUGUGAACAUCCCUGCUCUAUCAAAUCUAUGUGUUUUCUAACCUUCGAUACAAAGUGUGCGGUCGGAAUGGCAGGAAUUGCCCUGUAUUGCAUUAAUACAAGUGUGCAGUCAUACCUGAUUGUAUUGGUGGUGGUUGAGUUGGAGCACUAAUGUAUGGUCAUCCCUGCUGGUGUUCAGGCCUUUCUAGCGCAAGUGUGCGGCACUCACUGCUUGCGUUAGGUUUAGCUGUUGGCGCUAGUGUGCGGUCAUCCCUGCUUGCGUAAACGUUGGUACCUGUUGAGUUGCGUAGGUGUGCGGUCAUCCUUGCCUGCGUAACGUUGAGUCCCUAUAUAUGUGCAGGAGCGGUGAUUAAAGUCUGCUCUUGUAAAUAUUGGCAGCAAUCAGGGCUAUCUGAGUUCCAAGGGGGAAAAAUGGAUUUUAUUUAUACAGGAUCUACAUGUAUUAUUGUACAUUGUCCAGAUUGUUUGUAUUAUGACUCCAUUAAGCUGACUUUAUGAUACCUAUUGUUCCUCAGGUGAGCGAUGUGGCCCAUGGGCCUCUUGUUUUAUUAGUACUGUGUUGUGUAAUUCGUCAAAGAUUUUAAUUACUGGGUGAGGUGGAUCCAGGAAAUCUAAAAAAAUUUGAGCCACCAGGAAUUCUAAUGAUUCCACAGUAUAAAAGUCCAAUUGUAAGAGAAAACUACAAAGACUGUUGACCAUGGCUUAAGUUAUCAAAUGUACAAUUGACCAAAAAAUGAUGCAUGGAAAGGUAUAUAUUUUGUAUACUCAUUUGAGAGGUAUGAGUAUGUAGUUUCUAAAAAUAUAUAUUUUUCCCACCAAAUCACUACAAGGAAAUAACCUUUUUAUUUUAUUUGAAAUGAAGGGCAUUCAAAACAUUAUAUUAAUGUUUAUGAAAAAUAAUUUGAAACCAAACAUAUUAAGAUGUAUUUCCUGUAAUGUUUAUCCAUUUAAGGGAAUGUCACUAUGGUGUUAUGACAACACAACAAUGUUUUGUAGUCAAGUUCCCCUCUCUAUUCAAAACUUAAUGUGAUGAAUAUUGAUCUGUGGGGGGUUUUUUGUGUGAAAAAUUUCAUUUUAAAUUUGAAAUUAAAUACUCUAUGCACUUCAGCUUUGUUAUGAAGUUUUGUAUUGUUGACUUGAGACCCAUCUAGUUUUUAAUUUAACUUGCUACUAUGUGUAACAGAAAAUAGACAAUUUGAAAUAUUGUGUUUCAAGAAGAGUUUUAUGUCCAAUUUUACAGAGUUUUGAAUAAGAUCAACAGUAUAAAAUCAAAUGAAAUUUCACAGAAGUUGGAAUUUAGAUCGCAGCAGGGAAUAGACAAUUAAACAUAGUAACAGCU